AUGGCACUCAAUCAUCAACUAGUUUGUCUGGAUGAUUAUGAAAAACAUGCUGAAAAAUACGCGUCUCUGAAAGUCUGGAGCUACUAUAGCUCUGGAGCUGACGAUGAAACUACGUUGGAAGAUAAUAGGAGAUCAUUAAGAAGGAUUCGCCUAAGACCAAGAGUUUUGCGAGAUGUCUCGAUCCGUGAUUUAAAAACUACAGUUCUUGGCAGUGAAAUCGAUAUGCCUAUUGCCAUAUCCCCAACAGCAUUUCACGGCUGGGCUCAUCCUGAUGCAGAAGGUGGAACAGCCAGAGCUGCAGCAAAUUUCAAAACUUGCAUGAUACUCAGUAAUAUCAGUACGCUGUCUCUCGAAGAAAUUUGUUCGAUUCGUCCGGAUGGCGUGAAAUGGAUGGACAUCUAUGUUUGGUCUAACCCACGUUUAACCGAAGAUAUGAUUUUGAGGGCCGAACGUGCGGGGUGCAAAGGCAUUGUUGUCACUGUCGAUAACUGUAAAGUUGGUAAUAAACGAAGACUGGCCCGUGUAACUGGUAGUGGUGUUGGUAAAGACUCGACUGUGGCUAAUUUCAUGACAUAUUUGGAGAGGGGAAUCAUUAAGAAUCUUGAUGAAGUUUCUUGCACAACUCCAAGUGCAACGUGGACUGACAUUGAUUGGAUAAAGUCUAUAACCAAAUUACCCAUAAUACUCAAAGGCAUUAUGACAGUUGAAGAUGCAUUGAUUGCAGUGGAACGUAAAGUGGAUGCUAUUAUGGUAUCUAACCAUGGUGGGAGACAGUUAGAUAGUGUACCAGCAACGAUAGAUGUGUUAGCAGGGAUAUCCAGGGCUGUAGGUGAUAAAAUAGAAGUCUACAUGGAUGGUGGUGUUCGUACAGGUACUGAUGUAUUGAAAGCAUUGGCUCUUGGUGCUAAGGCUGUCUUCAUUGGUAGACCAAUCGUCUUUGGAUUAGUGCAUAGUGGUGAACAAGGUGUCAAGAACAUUCUCCAGAUACUAAAAGAAGAGUUCAGUUUAGCAAUGACACUAUCAGGCUGCAGGACAAUACGAGAUAUUUCCCGAUCUUUGGUCAUAGAAAAUGCACCAUCGCGUCUAUGA